CUCAACUUCAAACUCUCUCUUUGUUUCUAUAAGUAGACCAUUACCUUUUUAGCUUCACUUACAUUGAUUCCCUCAUCGUAGUAUGGUAACCAUGACAUUGUCUAAAAUUUUCCUUUUAGCUUUUUCUUUCUUCUCUCUCUUAUUCUUUACUUACACUGAAGGGAGAGUUCAUGCCAAGAGUAGAUUAAAACACUCGGACAUUGUUUCCAACGUCUCACUACCUCCUGCUCCUGCUCCUCAGGCGCCUGUUAGUCCAAGUUAUUAUAAAGAUUCUCCAAGUCCUAGUCCUAGUCCUAGCCCAAUUCAAAGUAUCGCAAGGGUUUACAAUGUGCUAUCUUUUGGUGCUGUUGGUGAUGGUGUAACAGAUGAUACAAAAGCAUUCAAGAUGGCUUGGGAUACUGCUUGCCUGCAGAAUGAAUCAGCUAUUCUACUUGCUCCUGAUGAUUAUUCUUUUAUGAUACAGCCUACUAUCUUUACAGGACCUUGUAAAACUAGCCUCGUGUUUCAGAUUGAUGGAACUAUAAUGCCACCUGAUGGACCUGAAUCAUGGCCUAGUAAGAUGAACAAGAGACAAUGGCUAGUGUUUUACAAGAUCAAUGGAAUGUCAAUGCAAGGAGGUGGUGUUAUAGACGGGAGAGGAGAGAAGUGGUGGAAUCUGCCAUGCAAGCCUCACAAAGGGAUUAAUGGCACAACACUUCCUGGUCCUUGUGAUAGCCCAGUUGCUAUUAGGUUUUUCACGAGCUCCAAUUUGACAGUCCAAGGACUCAGAGUGAAGAACAGUCCCCAAUUCCAUUUCCGGUUUGAUAACUGUCAAAAUGUUAUUGUACAAAUGCUUAGCAUCAAAUCACCACAUCGAAGCCCUAACACAGAUGGGAUUCACAUAGAGAACACAUACAAUGUCCAAAUACAUAACUCUGUUGUAUCAAAUGGUGAUGACUGUGUAUCAAUUGGAGCUGGUUGUCAUAAUGUCGAUAUAAAGAACAUUACCUGUGGUCCCAGCCAUGGCAUAAGCAUUGGUAGUCUUGGAAUCCGCAACUCGCGAGCAUGUGUGUCGAACAUAACAGUGACAGAUUCAGUAAUCAAGGAUUCCGAUAAUGGUGUCCGAAUUAAGACAUGGCAAGGAGGAUAUGGUUCUGUGUCUAAAAUCACAUUCCACAACAUUCACAUGGAAACAGUUCGCAAUCCAAUAAUCAUAGACCAGUAUUACUGCCAAACCAGGAAUUGUACAAACCAAACUAGUGCGGUUUACAUUUCUGAUAUUUUGUACACAAACAUUAAAGGUACCUAUGAUAGUAGGAGUCCACCUUUGCAUUUGGCUUGCAGUGAUUCAGUUCCAUGCACCAACCUCAGGUUAUCAGAAAUUGAGUUGCUUCCUUCUCAAGGACAAUUUAUGGCAAAUCCAUUUUGCUGGAAUGCUUAUGGGGCAAUGCAGAAUCUUACCAUUCCACCAGUUUCUUGCUUGUUGGAUGGAAUCCCACAAUUCUUACCCCAGAACAAUAUUGAUCAGUGUCAGAAUAAUUUGUAUCAGACCCGUAUGUAAAGUAGAUUUAGUUACAUGUCAGAGACCAAAAGGCUAGCUAUCAUUGCAUAACAUGGAAUUAGAGGUUUUAGUUCGACAAAAUUGAACCCUAUUUCAUGUUUCAAACCUUAUAAUGGAAUGGAGAUGUCAGAUUUCUUGGA